AGUGGUGUAAGUUGAUCCUGACAGGCAGGAAACAAGUUUGAGUGCAACCUCACUUGUGUACCUUGUAAUUACCGCCGCCAAGGAGGUUAUGUAAUCACUUCGGCUUGUUGGUUUGGUAGUGGUGCACAGGCGUGCACUCUCACAUGCAAUUUCAAGUUGUGAAAUUGUUUGUAGGCGCCGCUGUCGUUAAUAUUGAGCGUCUUCCUUCCUGUUCUCUCCCGAGCAUCAGCGCACCUGUUUGAUCCCUGCAUCGUGUGGCAUUUCAUUCGCCACUGCGGAUCCGGUGAGAUUUGCCCUAGAGGUUCUGGGGUCGCAGCAUGGGUCGCAGAGGCGGGCGUUUUCUUCCACGUGACUGGUUUUGGUUGCUGCCAUUUGGGCUUCCUCCGUUAUGCUGCUGCUGCUGCUGCUGUUUUCUUUUUAUUUUUGGAAUUUCCAGUUUGGAAACCGACACUCCUUUUACAAUGGCAGCAAUUGGAAACCGUGGAACAGUGACCGAGGCGUCCGGUUUUGAUGCCCAGGCCGAUGCCCAGAAGCUGCAGGAGGCCAUGAAAGGAGCCGGCACCAAUGCGGCCGCUAUCAUCGAGGUCCUGGCCCACCGUACUAUUGCCCAGAGGCAACGCAUCAAGGAGGCCUACAAGCAAACAGUGGGGAAGGACCUGGCUGAUGAUCUGUCCUCUGAGCUGAGUGGGAACUUCAGAGAUGUCGUUCUGGGUCUGCUGAUGCUCGCUCCUGUGUACGACGCCAAUGAGCUGAGGAACGCCAUGAAGGGACCUGGUGCAGACGAGGCCUGUCUGAUUGACAUACUCGCCUCAAAGUCAAACACUGAGGUGAAAACCAUCAUCUUGGCCUACAAGAAAGAAUAUGGGGAGGACCUGGAGGAAGCUGUUACUGGAGAAACACCUGGAAUGUUUCAGAGGGUUUUGGUCUCUUUACUCUCGGCUGCCCGGGAUGAGAGCGACAGAGUGGACGAGGCCCAGGUUGUCCAAGAUGCCAAGGAAAUCUACGAGGCUGGGGAGGCCGAAUGGGCUACAGAUGAGGAUAAAUUUCUCUCUGUGCUUUGCGGAAGGAACCAACACCAUCUUCUGAAAGUGUUUGUGGCGUAUCAGAAGAUUUCUGGAAGAGACAUAGAGGAGAGCAUCGAGAGAGAGAUGUCUGGCCCUCUGGCGAGCGUCUUUCUGGCCAUAGUGAAAUGCCUGAGGAACAAGUCAGCCUUCUUUGCUGCGCGGUUAUACAAAUCAAUGACGGGGCCUGGCGUCACAGAUUCUGUCCUCAUCAGAACAGUGGUCUCCAGAGCUGAGAUUGACAUGCUGGAUAUUAAAGCUCAAUUUCAAAGGAUGUACGGAAAGUCUCUGUCCUCCUUCAUCAAGGCAGACACAUCUGGUGACUACCGCCAAAUCCUUCUGGAACUGUGUGGAGGCGAGUGAAGGGAAAAGACACAAUGACGUCCCUUUAACUCUUUAUUUUACAAAAAAGGUCUGAGCUUUUUCUUGUAACUUUUUCCCUCUGUGUCUCUCACAUGUCACAGCCUUGUUUUAACAUUUGUAAAACCAAUUAAACCAAAGACCAGUGACCUUUUA